AUGCAACGCAGAUUAGCCCAAUUUGCGGGAAGCAGAUGUUCCCGGGAGCUGCCGAAAUGCAAUACUUGCAAGCCAUGGCCAGGCGAGUGCAUCUAUUCGAGAGAUACAUUCGACGUCAACUCUUUGGGUAGUGGGUCAAUUGAUGAGCGUACCAUAGAGAGCCGACUACAAGAUCUUGAGCAGCUAGUGCAGCAACUGUCCAAAUCCGUCGAUAAAGCUUUACAAGUCAUGGCCUCAGCACCCGCUCGUACAGAUGAUCUAAGACUAUCAUUUCAGGCUAACCAAAGAAUCGUGGUUGAGAAGGAUCGUACUAAUCCGAAGCUCUACAUCGGCCCGUCACAUUCAUUUUCGUUCUUGCAAGAGGCAUCAGCAAGCAUCGAAAAGAUACCCCGACCACAGAGUAAUGCUACUCACCAAAGCGCCCGCUCCGAGCUUCGAUAUUUGUCUGACCAGCUAGGUACGAGUCAUGUUGAACAAAUGGCUGAAGAAAGUGCAGCAGUUUUUCAUGUGCCUUCCAGAGCAACGGGCUACCGAAUGAUCAGUCGAUUCUUUGAGAUAGCAGACCUUGGCAACCCAUUUUUCACCAGUCCGUCGGACGAAGUCAUUAUGCAAGUCGUCUUUGAACCACAUAGGGUUCAAGAAAAGGCUUGGGUCGUCUACUUCAACUACAUGCUGUUGGCGGCCGUAUCCGUCGAGGUAGAUAGCAAGGAGGUGGCAGUGUUACGUCAAAACGUGCACUUGGCCCUCAACAAUAGCAGCAUCUUCCUCGAACCGCGCGAGGUCAACGUGCAAGUACUGGCCUUUCUAGCUAUGCAUGGUGAGGACUACGCCGCGCCCAAUACCUCGUGGAUGCUGCUGGGGAGCGCAUGCAGGCAGGCUGAAGCCCUGGGCAUGCAUAUAUCCAGUUCUCAAGGCUCGUUUGAAUCGCGACAGCAUCACUUGUGUCUCUUCUGGCUUCUCUUCCUGAUGGACAAAUCCUGCUCUCUUGCCUUCGGGCGCCCUGCCUUCUUGCCCACGGCUUUGUAUCACCAUGUCCCUCUGCCGGACGAAAGUACCUUACUCAUGUUUCAGCCCCAUACUCGUAUGCACGGUACAGAGAUCCCCCAACGAGUAUCUCAUUUCGGUGCACAGAUGCUCCGUUGUUCUAUAGAGCUAGCAAAGCUGAUGGGGAUCCUUGCGGAUGUCCUUGCUACCGGUCACUCCACAAUCUACCCACGCGCGGAACUACGUUCUAGGCUAAAUGCUUGGUACUCGUACUCAAACCAGCGUAUGACAGAAACUCUGGAAGCUGAGAGAGCAUCAUCCACAGCCGACCAAGUCCGGGAAAUGACCCUCGGCAUCAACAGCAUGAAGUUCCAGUACCUGCACGUGCUGGUCCUGCUACUAAAAGGUGAAGAGUCUUCGUCAAGUCUCCGUUUGUCAUCUGCCCGUGAAGCCCUAUCCCUUCUGACGUCGAUGGUCUCCGGUUGGAAUUCCGUAUACAACGGUGUCACCUGGCACCUUCUCUACUAUCCCUUCACCUCUUUCUUCGUCAUUUUUGAGAACAUCGUGCACCAUCCAGGCCCGGUGACACCUACCGUUGAACACGAUCUCAACCUCCUCGCGACAACGGUGACAUAUUUCGCAAGCAUGCGCUCGCAGAUGCGUCUCCUGGCGACGCUAUGUACCAGGCUCGAGCACGUUGCGGCUACCUUCUUGCAGCUCGCGAGGAAUGUUCACUCCACUUCCACUGGAACUGAAAAUCCACCAUACGAACAGCACGGUGACGAGCACCUUCAGAUACAUUUAGAAGAACUCAAUGGUGCCAGCUACCUUGACUUGCUCCCGGCUGAUAUGGGGGCUUUGCCCGGGCAUAGUCCUCUAGGUAAGGGUAAGGAGGCUCGCCGGACGUUCGAUAGCAUGUUUGAUUGGUUCUCGUGGGAUACGUAUUAUGGAGAUUUGUAG